AUGAUCCAGAGGCUUACUAGGCAGUUCUUACCACUCAAAACCUCCACCACCCCUGCUGAGUUGGAGCACACCCUCUCUGCUCAAGGCCAAUCUCCAACUGAACCUUGUCAGUUAGCAAAGAAGGUGAAUGGAAUAGACCCAGGAGGUGGUGGUGGUGGCAUCGGCAGUGCCAGUGGUCAGCAGACACCUUUGUUUGAAACUUACUCUGAUUGGGAUAGAGAAAUCAAAAGGACAGGUGCAUCAGAGUGGAGAGUUUGUUCAGUCAAUGAAGGUUAUAUGAUAUCUACUUGCCUUCCAGAAUAUUUUGUGGUUCCAUCUUCCUUAGCAGAUCAAGACCUUAAGCUAUACUCCUACUCUUUUAUUGGGAGACGAAUGCCAUUAUGGUCCUGGAAUCACCCUAACGGGAGUGCCCUUGUAAGAAUGGCCAACAUUAAAGAUGUAUUGCAACAAAGAAGAAUUGAUCAAAGGAUUUGUAAUGCAAUAACUCGAAGCCAUCCCCUGAGAAGUGACGUCUACAAAUCUGAUCUGGACAGGUGUCUCCCCAACAUCCAGGAAAUCCAGGCUGCACAUAUCAAACUCAAACAGCUGUGUGUUAAUGAGCCUUUUGAAGAAGCUGAAGAGAAGUGGCUGUCCUCACUGGAAAAUACUCACUGGUUAGAGUAUAUUAGAUCGUUUCUUAAGCAUUCUGCUGAGCUUGUGUAUAUGAUGGAGUGUAAGCAUGUUUCUGUAGUUCUACAAGAGGAAGAGGGACGGGACCUGAGCUGUCUUGCUGCUUCUCUCAUUCAAGUCAUGCUGGAUCCCUAUUUUCGAACAAUUGUUGGAUUUCAAAGCUUAAUACAGAAGGAAUGGGUCAUGGCAGGAUAUCAGUUUUUAGAUAGGUGUAACCACUUAAAGAGAUCUGACAAAGAGUCUCCUUUGUUCUUGAUGUUUCUUGACUGUGUUUGGCAGCUGCUAGAACAAUACCCAGCAGCCUUUGAGUUUUCUGAAGUGUACUUGACCAUAUUGUACGACAGUGCACGUAUCUCAUUGUUUGGCACUUUCCUUUUCAAUUGUCCUCAUCAGCGAGUAAAGGAAAGCACUGAAUUUGCCAUAAGCAAAAAUAUUCAGCUGGGUGAUGAGAAAGGCCUCAGAUUCCCUUGUGUUUGGGACUGGUCUCUUCAGUUUACAAGCAGGGAUCGCCUGCUCUUUCACAACCCUUUGUAUAUUGGAAAGAGUGCACCGUGUGUACAAAACGGAGCAGUGAAAACUUUUAAACGCUCAAAGAAAAACUACAGCUCCACAUUGCGAGGUGUCCCCCCAGCAUUAAAAAAUGGAAUCAUCAGUGAGCAAGAGUUCCUUCCAAGAAGAAACUCUCUGAUACUAAAACUGAAACCGGACUUUUUGCAGCAAACAGAGAGUCAGAGUAACAGUAUGGAACAGUACUUCAGAGACUGGUUUGCAAAGCCUGUUGAUUUGCACGGCGUAAUUCUACCCCGUAUCUCUGGAACACAAAUAAAACUGUGGAAACUGUGCUACUUCCGCUGGGUUCCUGAGGCCCAGAUUAAUCAUGGUGGCUUCAUCACUGCUUUCCAUAAAGUUUCUUUGCUGGCAGAUGAAGUAGACAUGUUAAACCGGAAUCUUCGGCAGUACAAAAGCAACUCUUCUUUGCAAGGCAACUGCUCGGAACUGGAUCAAAGCAGGAUGUACUUCAGAGCAAAUAGUUUAAAUGACACCUCUGGGGCCCCAGACUUUCUCUCCUCCUCAUUCCCGUUUUCUCCUGUAGGGAACCUAUGCAGACGGAGCAUUCUGGGAACACCUUUAAGCAAAUUUUUAAGUGGUGCCAAAAUCUGGCUAUCCACCGAGACGCUUGCAAAUGAAGACUAAGAUGAUGUGACGGUUUAAAGGUUUGGGGAGAAUACAGCAUAUCACUUUGUCUUUUCUAAGUUAACACUGCUAAAUGCGGCAUUGAAAGCUGUAAUUUUUAUAUACAAACAUUACGUAAGUUUUGCACAAAUAUUUAAAAGCAAAGCGAGUCAUGCUUCAAAUCGCACAAUUUUGUCUUCAGUAGUUCUCAUCUGCUAGGGCUUCUGGUCCCUAAUUCCUUCUGUGUUUUUGUGGUUUGGCUCAUUAUAUGCGAUGGAGCAUUUCAUUAGCUAAUUUGAAAGGCUUGGUGUGGUCAUUAACGAGGGUUCUGCUUGAGAGAGUUUUUUUCUCAGAUAGUGACUGAAGUGACUUGUGUCAAAACAGCUUGGCAAAUCAAAGUAGUUAGGUGCAGUGGACACAGACCGACAGCUGAAAUCUGGGAACAAACUAUUUUAUCAGAUUGCCUCUUCAGGAAGAAUACUUAUAUGCAUACAUACAUACAUACUGAUGUUCUGUGACUUGAUCACCCUACAUAUGUGUUAAUGCAGUGUGUAUCCAUGGGGGGGUUGUUCCCUUUUCUUUCUCUCCCCAAAAUGUACUCAUUAACAAUUAGUCAGAUUUGUGCUCUUUGUCAUGAGCUUGACUUUAGACUAUAGGAAUCAACUUCAGGACAAUGCACUGUUAACCUUAAAACAUUUACUGUAGAUAUGGUAUUGUAGUAGCUUUAGAAGUGCCUUUAAUUGGGAGGAAACAGUAGCAAGAUUACGCUAAUGCAGCUGACCCGCUCCCCCCCCAACUUUUUACAGUGGAUUGUUAUGGUAAGUUCUUGUUCCAUCCCCCGCCUCCCCCUCUCCGUUUCUGGAAAUAACAGAAGGCCAGCUCAAGAGACGGCAGGUUUUUCCUCUUUAAGGUUAAGCUUGUUUGUAAGUCUCAUGAGAGCCUCACGUUUUUAUAUAAGCACCUCAAAUACUCAGCAUUAUAUCCCUGCAUGGAUCCUGAUCCCUGCCGGCCCACUCCUCAUCCUGUUGUAGGAUGAAGUAGCUUUCAGCAGAAUUCAUAUUUAAGUCCUGCUGGGUUGCAGAAAGGAGGACAUGCUCCAAGUGGCCAAAUCCACGAGGGGUGCUAGUGCUGUUGUCACUUGUAAGCAGGUGCUGGAAGAAGAGUGGUUAGCGGUGCCUUCUUUUUCAUCCAUGCAUGUCCAUAGGGCCAGUGCAAUGGACAAGCACUGCGUGAGGGAGUUAAAUCCAACAGCCUCCCUCUGCGUAAUGCUGCAGCCUCCUCUUUGCUCUAAAACGUUUUAAAUGAUCUCUCUCCCCUGGAUGCUGUGCCAGAAAAAGCCUCAAGUUUCAUAGGGAGAAAAGCAAGAGAGUAAAGUGUACUGGGAGGGUGGAGGAAUAGUAAUGUGUCAUUCUCAUAGGUUAAGGCUUCUGUCGACUACCUUCUCUUAACAGCGGGGCUGUAUUUUGUAUUAACUGAUUUCUGUGUAAAACACAAACGCUGUUGAACCAACACUGAGCCUCUAUUCAGGUGUUGACUCACAAGUUAAGGCACCGAAGGCCUUAUAUGAUAGACUAGAAGCUAUUCUCAGUUAUCGGGGGCGGGGGGGGGAAGCUGUAUGAUGAUAAUACAUGAUAUAUUCAAGUUAAAAAAAAAAGGCAGGGAGGGAUAGGAUUUGGAGCUCUUCAUUUGUUUGUAAAACCAAACUGGUCUUCAGCACAGCCUAAAUCACAAUGCGGGUUUUGGAUGUCUAAGAUUGCUCAAGUAUUUAUUUUGGAGAAUACGCAUCUGGAGUGGCCUUAUUAGGUGCAAGCUUUGUGCUAGAGAAGUCCAGUGCAUACAGGACCCUGUUUUCCCCAGGCUAAAAAUUACCUAACGUACACAGUGUUGGGGGCACUGGGUAUGCUGCUUUCUCGCACCGGGUUUGGUUUGGUGGGGUAAGCGGGCAGUUUCAAUGUAAAGGUGAGCUAAUG